CUGCACCCUUUGGUGCGUUUCCUGCAUCGCGAAGGUUUGAGUGGGUGGGACUCCGAUUCCACGUUAUUUGACUUGGUAUUCCCGUCCAACUUGACUGACUUACGUACCGGGAACGUUUUCACAAUAGAAAGUUCUAUUGACGAAACGUUCUAUUGCUCUACAAUCACAAAAAAGGAAAUUUUUCUUAUUCUUCCCGCAGAAAACGCGCAACAUAUCAAGUGAAACUUGCGUACAAUGCCGAUCGAAACGAAAUAUCUUCGAGUGAAAUAACCUCUCUCAUACGUGUUUCCUGUAUCAUAUUUCCGUUAAUUUUUUUGUAUUAUUCGGUCGUAUUCGAUACGGCAACGUGCUUAUUAUUUUUUGUCUUAGUCCGAAAAUUGAGCCAAAGUGACCAGUAGCUUUGUAAAGAGAAACCUUUUCAUCCAACAUGUCGGGCGAAAGUGUGAAAUCGUUUAACAGUCUUGAUACAGCUGGAUAUGUAGGAUUUGCCAAUUUGCCUAAUCAAGUACAUCGAAAGUCUGUGAAAAAAGGUUUUGAGUUCACAUUGAUGGUUGUUGGAGAAUCUGGUCUUGGAAAGUCCACUUUAGUGAACAGUUUGUUCCUUACAGACUUAUAUCCUGAACGAAUAAUUCCCGAUGCAGUUGAGAAAACCAAUCAAACCGUCAAACUUGAUGCUUCAACAGUAGAGAUUGAAGAGAGAGGCGUCAAACUUAGAUUGACAGUUGUAGAUACGCCAGGUUAUGGAGAUGCAAUUGAUAACACGGACUGUUUCAGAGCUAUUAUUGAAUAUAUAGAUGAUCAAUUUGAAAGAUUCCUUCGCGAUGAAAGUGGCUUGAACAGAAGAAACAUUGUGGAUAACAGAAUACAUUGUUGCUUCUAUUUUAUCUCUCCAUUUGGCCACGGCUUAAAACCAUUGGAUAUCGAGUUCAUGAAGCAAUUGCAUAAUAAAGUCAACAUAGUACCUGUAAUAGCAAAAGCCGAUGUACUUACCAAAAAAGAAGUUUUGCGCUUAAAGAAAAGAGUCAUGGAAGAGAUUGAAGGCAAUGGAAUCAAAAUAUAUCCUUUACCAGACUGUGAUAGCGACGAAGAUGAGGAUUAUAAGGAACAAGUGCGUCAAUUAAAAGAGGCUGUACCGUUUGCGGUGUGUGGUGCAAAUACAUUACUCGAAGUCAAGGGGAAGAAAGUGCGCGGCCGAUUGUAUCCUUGGGGUGUUGUCGAAGUGGAGAAUCCCGAUCAUUGCGAUUUUAUCAAGUUAAGAACAAUGUUGAUUACUCAUAUGCAGGAUUUACAAGAAGUAACGCAAGAAGUACAUUAUGAAAAUUACCGUAGCGAAAGAUUGGCGAAAGGAGCUUCGGUACCUCCACGUCGUCAAAUUCUUUCGGAAUCGGAUAAAAAUACUACUGUAUCGGAGAAAGAUCGCAUUUUGCAAGAAAAGGAAGCAGAAAUACGACAUAUGCAGGAAUUGCUGGCUGUGAUGCAAGCACAGAUGCAACAACAGCAGCCUUGAUCACCUAUGCAUUUUUAUACCGACGUAUGAAGAAGGAUGAUUCCUCGCUGUUACGAGUGCCAAAAAAAGAGUAACUUUUCUUUUUUUUUUUGUUUUUUUUUUUAUUUAAUAGCCUUCGACUCGAGAUCUUGAUU